UGUGUCGAGCAUCACACUGCCCUAAAAUCUCAGGAACAAAACAGCAGGAGUAGACACGCCAAUAGAUCACUAUCACAACACAGCAUAUUGCAAAUAGUACAAUUAGCCUGAAGACUUGUUAUGAAGGGGAAUAAUGAUCCCUUUUCGAAAAAGUCAUCGCCGGUAGCGAAUUGUACUCGGGAAACGGUAGCUACGACAAUAAGCCUGGCACUCGUGUAGACAGAUGGUACUCGUGGGAGCGUGGCUUGGGCAUGGCAGGACUCUGCAUCCCAACAGAACCUCCACUCAGUGGGAUGAAGGCAAUUGGCAGAGAGUGUCGGAAGCCCCUGGUGUUAGUGGAGGAAGCGCAGCUCUAUGGCCUGAUGGGCCCGGGUGGGUUAGUGUGGUGUGUGAAUCACUGGCCAGGGAGAGGAUCUGCGUGCAGGAAGGCGGGAUUGGGAACAGUGUUAUGUCAUGCAUGGCCAUACCAUACCUAACCCAUCAGGCCUAGUCAGGGUGAUGGCAAGGGAUAUACACAACUGUGAUAGUGUCUUAGCAGUGAGGACUGUUUUGCAGACAGGAGGCUUAUCUGAGAGUUAUGUUUUGGUGAUGAAACACGAGAAGAAGCUGAAUGUGUAAACGAACGAAGAAUGCUUGAGAGGAUAUCAUCAUUCUCUUUGCCCUGGCUUAUGUUUGCUGUUUCUGAUUCUGCAGUUUUGUCCAGCUGACACUUCCAAGCAUGCUUUGGGGCUGAGAGGUUCUACAGAAAGGAGGGUCUGCCUGCUCGGUGGGGCCUGCAACCAUGGGGAACACCGCUACAAAGUUCCGUAAGGCCCUGAUUAACGGGGACGAGCUGCUGGCCUACCAUCUGUAUGAGAGCAACCCACAGUUCAAGGAGGCCCUGGACCCCAACACCUCCUACGGAGAGCAGUACCAGCACAACACACCCCUGCACUAUGCCGCACGGCAUGCAAUGACGCGCCUGCUCAGGUCCUUCCUGUUCAGCAAAGACGGGAACCCCAACAAGCGCAACGUGCACAACGAGACCGCGCUUCACCUGCUGUGCAUGGGGCCCAGCAUCCUGCUGGACGAAGCAGCCCUGCACCCCCGCCUCACCCGGCCCUACGAAGACGAGCGCUGCCGGGCCGAGUGCCUCCAGAUCAUCCUCAAGUGGACCGGCGCCAAGCUGGACCACAGCCAGUACGAGAGCGCGGACGUCAACGCCACCGACAACAAGAAGAGCAGCCCGUUACACUACGCCGCAGCCUCAGGCAUGAAGACAUGUGUGGAGAUCCUGGUGAGGAGAGAGGCCAACCUGUUUGCGGAGAAUGAGAACAAGGAGACGCCGUGUGACUGUGCUGAGAAGCAGCACCACAAGGAGCUGGCCCUCAGCCUGGAGUCUCAGAUGGUGUUCUCUCGUGAUCCCCACGCCGAUGACAUUGAGGCCGAGUACGCUGCGCUGGACCGGAGGGAGCUCUAUGAAGGUCUGAGACCUCAGGACUUGAGGCGACUGAAGGACAUGCUGAUAGUGGAGACGGCCGACAUGCUCCAGGCUCCACUCUUCACAGCAGAGGCCCUGCUACGAGCUCACGACUGGGACCGAGAGAAACUUCUGGAAGCCUGGAUGUCCAACGCAGACGAGUGCUGUCAGCGCUCGGGCGUGCAGAAGCCCACCCCUCCCCCCAGCGGUCACAACAACUGGGACACGCUCCCAUCGCCACGAACGCCGCGGACCACUCGCUCGACCGUCACCUCUCCUGAUGAGAUCAGCCUGACGCCUGGAGACAAUGGCGUUGUACAGUGUGGUAUUUGUAUGUGUGGCAUCUCUGUGUUUGAGGAGCCAGUGGACAUUCCAUGUGCUCAUGUGUUCUGCCGAGGAUGCUGGGAAGGAUUUUUGAACCUGAAGAUUCAGGAGGGGGAGGCACACAAUAUCUUCUGCCCAGCCUUUGAAUGCUUCCAGCUGGUGCCCGUGGAGGUCAUCGAGAGUGUGGUCUCCAGGGAGAUGGACAAGCGCUACCUGCAGUUUGACAUCAAGGCGUUUGUGGAGAAUAACCCUGCCAUCCGCUGGUGCCCGUGGGCAGGUUGUGAUCGUGCAGUGCGUCUCUCCAUCCAGGGUCCUGGUGCCAGCAACUCAAAUCCGUUCAGCUACCCCCUGUUGCAGGCGCCUGCUGUGGACUGUGGCCGUGGGCAUCUCUUCUGCUGGGAGUGUCAGGGGCAGGCCCAUGAGCCGUGCGAUUGCCAGACAUGGAAAAUGUGGCUGCAGAAGGUCACGGAAAUGAGGCCAGAAGAAUUGGCUGGUGUGAGUGAAGCGUACGAGGAUGCUGCCAACUGUCUGUGGUUACUCAGCAACGCCAAGCCCUGUGCCAACUGCAAGUCACCCAUUCAGAAGAACGAGGGCUGCAACCACAUGCAGUGUGCCAAGUGUAAGUAUGACUUCUGCUGGAUCUGCCUGGAGGAGUGGAAGAAGCACAGCUCCUCUACUGGAGGAUACUACCGUUGCACACGCUAUGAGGUCAUCCAGCAGGUAGAAGAGCAGUCCAAGGAGAUGACUGUAGAGGCAGAGAAGAAACAUCAAAGUUAUCAGGAACUGGAUCGCUUUAUGCACUACUACACCCGCUUCAAGAACCAUGAGCACAGCUAUCAGCUAGAGCAGCGACUCUUGAAAACAGCCAAAGACAAAAUGGAGCAGCUUAGCAAAGUCCUUAGUGCACGUCAAGGAGAGGCCCCCGACACCACCUUCAUCGAGGAUGCAGUGCAGGAGCUCCUGAAGACGCGCCGCAUCCUCAAGUGCUCGUACCCUUACGGCUUCUUCCUGGAGCCCAAAAGCACCAAGAAGGAGAUAUUUGAGCUCAUGCAGACGGACCUGGAGAUGGUGACUGAGGACCUGGCCCAGAAGGUGAACAGACCGUACCUGCGCACGCCGCGCCUACGCAUCAUCCGUGCUGCCUGUCUGGUGCAGCAGAAGCGACAGGAGUUCCUGGCGUCCGUGGCCAGGGGUGUGGCCCCCAAUGACUCGCCUGACGCACCACGCCGGAGUUUUGCUGGAGGAUCCUGGGACUGGGAGUAUUUAGGUUUUGGUUCUCCAGAGGAGUAUGCAGAGUUUCAGUACAGACGCAGACACAGACAGCGUAGACGAGGAGAAGUGUCCAGCCUGCGCAGCAACACCCCAGAACCUGAUGACUCCAGCGAGGGGACCCUAGAUCUACACGAGUUGGCUGGUGGUCAAAGACCAGGUCUGCCUAUGCCACAAGGUUCUCUGGAAGAUGAUGACCCCAACAUCCUGCUUGCCAUCCAGCUGUCACUUCAGGAGUCCAACCGACCGUGUAUGGGUGAUGGAGGUGGAGGUGAUGUCCAAGAGGUCCUGUCUCAUGAAGUGUCUCUGGGGGCUAUUGGAAGCUCGCUCCCCUCCCGGUUGGACUCGUUGCGGCGUGGCCCAGUGUCUGAAGCGCCACGUGCUGCCCACAGCAGCUCUGAGCUCCUGGAGCUUGAGAACAGCCUGAUGAAACUGACCUCCAUGACGACCAUCCCGCAUCCGCUUCGCCACGCUGGCCCCCGUAACUUUUACCCUUCCCAUCCAACUCCUCUGGAGGAUCCCCUCAACUUCCACCCGAAGCCCAAAGCGGCUCGUAACCUCUCCCACCGUCCCGUCCGCAACGCCUUGAGUGGCUCUGAGGCUCCCAGCUCCGUUGGAUUGGAUCCUGCCGACAACGCCAACCUUAUUGGCAACAUCAUGGCCUGGUUCCAUGAUAUGAACCCCCAGAACAUCGCACAGGUGCCUCCCUCCUCAUCCACCUCCACUUCCACCGGCACCACGUUGCCUCCCCCGGGCCUCCACACAUCCAUGCCCACCUUGACCCCAGACUCUCCUCUGACGGAACCGCAGUUCCAGAUCUGGCCUGAGGAGGGCAGUGGUGCUGAAUCCUGCCACUAUCAGCCCUUUUCUGGCGUGGAAGGUGGUGAGGUGUCUGCCACGAGACCUACUCAGCUCCACCUGGUGGGCCUAGACCCCUUAGGUCUGCCCCCUUCCCCUCCACCGCAGGCUGACAACAUGGACAGUGAAACCUCCGUGAGCCAUCCCAGUUACUCCCAGUCGGACACCCAAAAGUUCGACUUGGACCCGGACCAGCCAAGCAGUAGCUCAUCCGAGUGGGAAGGACAGGUGCACCUUGUUUGAUGUCGAGGAACAAGAUCCUAUGUGCUGAACCCUUUUUCAUAAAACAGGACUAUUGUUUUGAAAGUCUGGAGUCAAAGAAUCAAUGUAGCCAUGACUGGAGAAAAGCACUUGAAUUCCUGAAGCUGACAAAGCAAGCUGAAUCACGUAAUAUUUUACGAUCUGCUCACAGCUUACUUACUCACACUAAGCACUUGAAAUGCUUCUGAAGGUUAAGGUGCCAUUACUUGGACCAGAGAGGACACCACAGACUGGGUUUAAGGUGUUGAGAUGUCCAUGUCCAUGCGUGGACAUGAAUGAAAAUUGAUUUGAGUGUCACUCAUAUCUGUGCCUCAAAUACAAAUAUGGCCAUAGGUCUCUCUUGUGCCCUGUAGUUAGUUGUUGAAGCUGUAUGUGCUGAUGAUUGUUCAAAAAUUACCGAAACUCAUGAUAACUGAUUUAAGUAACAAUGCAUACAUACAUUAUAUGCAUCAUAUAAACACAACGGUUUAUCUUUCACUGUUAAGGUGAGACUGGUGCAUCAUAUUUGAUAAGUCAUGAUGGGAUGUGGGACACAUGUACAGCAUCUGUUGUUUGCCCAGAUGGCUGGGACCAUGUCUGUGUUCCUGUCCACAGCUGUGAAGGCGCUCAUGUAUUCCGUUCUAUUGCCUUUUUUACAGGGUCGUUGAAAGUGUUAUUGUAGGUGCCAAAACUCAGAGGCAGGCAAGCCAGGUCAGACAGUACAGGUUCCAUAGAACCCCCCGCAGGACUUUAGGAGGUUAAGGUGGUGGUGCUUGUCCCGUCCCCCAAAUUCCUUGGUCCAAUGACGAGUGAAAAGUGGGCCCUAAAGGCUUCGGGAAAUGUACACAACAUAUAUACUGAACCACUGAAGGAAAUGAGGAGGAGGAACAGGAGGAGAUGAGUUAUUAGAAUUGCACAGUUAGAUUUGCACAUGUCUAUGGUUUGCCUCUGAGAUCUGUAGUCUACUCUGACCUAAUCUACUUUAUGCCACUAGUAACGUGAGGACAGACCUCCGUAGUGUGCCAAAAUGGCCUCUACCCACCCAGUGGUCUUCAGAAAGAAAGCUUGGCCUCUCCUCAGUCUUUUUUCAGUGCCUUUUGUGUGUAAGCGUGUCACUGUUGAUUGCCACGUAUCCUGAGUGUGACCUACAACACUGGCCAGACUUGACCUUUUUUUAAACACAGUUUUUUGACGCAUAGCCUUUGCCUCCUGUAGGCCAUCAGUGUGGCUCAGGAGCGGUUUCUACCACACACCUCUCUCUGGACACUCAUCUUAUACAGGAUACAGCGCCGCUGGACUGUGUUGUCGUGCUUCACUGCUGGUGUGUGUGUGUGUGUGUGUGUGUGUGUGUGUCUGCUUGCUCAUAGAGAAAGUGAUGACUCAAGAACAUAGGUGCGGUUUCAUAUGAUUUUUAAGAAAUGGGUGUGUUUGGUUUAUGUGUGUGUGUGUGUGUGUGUAGGUGAUAAGUGUCAUGACAAAAAACAAAAAAACAAAACUAAAUGCCAUAAUAUAUAGUGUGAAACCUUUUUCUAUUUAUUUUUAAAUUAAAUAUACUUAACCACUUUCUGUGAUUGGACACUAAAAGUGUUGAGAUGCUAACAUUGUGUUGAUGAUAACAUUGUGUUACCUGCUCACUGGGAUGUGGUGUGGUUGUCGGACUAGCUCACUGAAAAGAAGUGUUGUGUUGUUGAUUGUAUUGGUAAUCAUGUAGUCUCUCUUUAACGUGGCUUUCUUUCUAUUAACGGUUACUACUGACUUAGGCUGGCAAUAACGAGAGCUGCGACAAAUUCAAUGGCGAUGUUAGUGUAGUGGAUAAGGAGCCGGGUUAGCAUGCAGAAGCCUGAGAAGUUGAGUUCGAUAGCCAGCUGCCACCGUUAUGCGUUUUAGCAAGGCACUUAACCCCAAGUUGCUCCAGGGAGUGUGGCCCUGCAAUUAAUUGAGAUCUGUAAGUCGCUCUGGAUAAAAGCGUCGGCCAAAUAAAUGAAGAUACAGAUGAAAGAUGUGGAGUCAGGUCCGUCAGAACUUGUAUGUCUGUUGUGAAGAGAUUCUCCCCAUGCAUUUAGCAGAUGUUCGAUUAUGUGUUGUCAGGUUAAAGCAAGAAAAGUGAUAUGAGGUGACAGACAGAAAUGAAGCUAAGUGUAGCGUAAGGCUAGGUCUUCUAGUAAGUGCUUGUAGUAACACUUGUUUCAGUCCUGAGACUUUGGUUGUAUCUUAAGUUGAUGAAAAAGAAAGUUUCAACUGGUUGGAUUUCAGCUUGACACAAUCAGAAUAUAGAUGUUUAAAAAAAUUUUCUAAAGAAAAGCAAAACAUAUCCAAAUGAAUGCUGACAGCAUUAUCCAUUGGGUUUGUGCAUAGGCCUAUUACUCAGUGAAAGUUGGGCAAAAGUGCAAACAAAUAUUCUUGAGCUUUGAAUGGGCCAAUUGUUUUUUUAUUUUUUAAUUAUUAUUUGAUAAAAUGAUUAUCAAAAUAUGUUACAAAUGGCACUCUUAUUUUGUUACCAAAUGAAACUUUAUAUUGUUAAAUAACUAAAAAAAGGUUAUUUGCACUUCUCAUAAUCCAUACUUGAUACAUUCCCUCUUUCUAUGGAAACUCACAGGUUAUCAUGUUUGCCCAUUAAAUUUGACAAUUCUACUCA